UCACUUAUUCCCAUCAGUCAUCGAGGUACAUGUCGAUUGCCCCGUUGGCAUCCUCGACUGCAUCCCUAUCUAGAGAGGGCGGGAUUGCACAAUUUGAGGCACUUUAUGAGGCUAGAUAUUGACAACGAUCUGCUGACGGCAAUGGCAGAGCGAUGGCGCCCUGAGCUGCAUACCUUCCACUUUCCCGAGGGUGAAAUGACGAUCACCCUCAAAGAUGUUGCCAUCCUCACCGGGCUCCCGAUCACCGGAGAUGCCAUCAUCGACAGCUCGAGAAAACCAGAAGAUGGUUGGGGGCCAUUGAUUCAGGAACGUCUGGGGUUCAACAUGCCGACCACCACGCCCGUCGAAGGGGUUGGGCAUCCACCACUGAAUGCGGGGCAAGUAUCGAUCCCGUGGCUUGUUGACCACAUCCAAUUGGAGGUUAAUAUAGGCCUGGAUACUCCUGAAGAUCAGGUGGAGCGGUAUGCACGUGUAUACCUAAUUGCCUUGGUUGGUGGGUUUCUGUUCCCCGACAAGUCAAAUAAGUGGAUACAAGGCAUGUGGUUCCCUAUGCUCCUCGGUGACUGGGACGAGAUCGGGAGAAAAAGUUGGGGGUCGGCCGUCUUGGCUGGAAUCUACCGAGAGUUGUGUACUUGCUCGAGGUUGGGAGCGAAACAAGCUGGUGGUGCGAUGUUCAUACUUCAACUCUGGGCAUGGGAGCAUCUUCCGUUUCUCGCACCUCAAGACCCUCGGGAAUUCUGGUUGCCAGAUGAUGAGCUACGAUUUGUAGCAAAUCCCCCAUAUGGUUUCAAGUGGAUCGGAGCAAAUACUAACGACCACCAGGCCGAGCACUCUUUACUGUUUUAUCGUGCUGAAUUUGAUAAGCCUUGGUGGAACCAGGCGGUAUGGGAUCCAUAUCCAAAUGAAGUGGUUGAGUUGCAUCGUCUUAGACAUCCCGAGGAUCAAGAGACAUGGUUGUGCAAGGUGCCCUUAAUCUGCUGGCACAUGGUGGAGUGGCACCUGCCCGAUCGAUCUUUGAGGCAAUAUCGAUCGAUCUUCUUAUACCUUAUGGUGUAGGAGUGUCGAUCCUUCACCUCCGCCAUGAUAGCUUUUAUCUUGAUAUCUGGUUGUGCCUCGAUAAGGUGCUUAAUGGUUCUUGCCACUUUUUUUGCUUUCAGUUGCCGGUGAUCCUGUGAAAGUAUGGUUGAGGAGCAACUGUGGUUGUUCUCUGCUGUCCGCAUGACCCAGACCCCCUUUCUCUUCAUAUAUGCAGCACGAAGUUGCCACAUACAACCCUCUCCAGCAUUCUUACAAAUGACAUGCAGUUGUCCCUUGUCAGAAUAUUUUACCUUCCAUUCGAAAUUACGCCGCAUGGCUUCUUCGCUAAAAGCGUCUUGCACAUCGGCUUUCGAAGUGAACGCCAUACCCACUUCCAAAUUAGCAGUCGGAUUAUACACAGGCAUGGGCCGAUAGUCAGGGGCAUCGUUCUGACCAUAUAAAAAUUGAUCAGGAACCUCUGUGUAGUAAGGCGUUGGUGCCUGGCGGAACGCCACCUCACUGUCAUCGAUAUCGUCG